UACUUUUGAGCGAAAGAGAAAUUAAUUGAUCCUUAUUUUUCUCUUGGAAAUGAUCAGAGGAGGAACCCGUUGCUGGUCAACUAGGUGAAAAAGAAGAACCUGAAGUCAAAGAAACUGUGGAAUGCGUUCAUCUGAACAAAUCAUUAAAUGGGAUCGCGGGAAAACUGCCUUCACCACCGCUGUCACCUUUGCUGGGGCAUUCGAUUGAAAAUAAUAACAAUAUUAAUAAUAAUAUUGGUGCAAAUACGUCAGCAAAAUCGAGCAAUGGACCAAUGGAUGGCGAAGUGCGCCGCAAGCGUCAUCCAACAGAGAAAGCUUAUUAUAUCGCCAAAGAGUUGCUGAUGACCGAGCGGACUUAUAAAAAGGAUCUGGAAGUUAUUGAUUUGUGGUUUCGCGAUGAACUGAACAAGGAAGAGUAUAUGCCAGAAGAGGUGCUGACACUUCUGUUUAAUCAUGUGGAUCCUCUUUACGAACAUCACACCCUUUUGCUCAAGGAAUUGGAGCAUCGCAUGGCCGCCUGGGAAGGUCGAACGACUGCAUUCACCAAAGGGGACGUUCAUCGUAUCGGUGAUUUGUUGCUAAAAAUGACGAGCAAGUUAGAGCUUUAUAAUCGGUACAUAGAGAAACAUCGUUUAAUCUUGGAAAAACUGGAGCAGUCCUUCAAGCGUAAUAAGACCUUUGAGCAGAUCUACCGCGACUUUGAAACUCGCAAAGUUUGCUACCUUCCUCUCAACACGUUCCUGCUGCGACCACUUCAACGUAUUCUCCACUAUCAGCUCAUCGUCGAACGGCUUUUGAAGCACUAUGAGCCAAAUCACAUUGAUUACAAUGACUGCACACAAUCCAGAAUGCAAAUGGAACAUGUCAUCACAAACAUCACUCACAACAUCCACGCUACAGAAAAUUUUGUCAAACUUGUCGAAUUGCAACGAGACUUGGUUGGAAUCGAUAAUGUCGUUAGCCCCAAUCGCCAGUUUCUCCGCGAAGGUUGUCUUCAAAAGCUCUCACGCAAAGGAUUUCAGCAGCGCAUGUUCUUUUUGUUCUCUGACGUUCUCCUGUACACCAAUCGAACUUCCGGUCCACUAUUGCAAUUUAAAGUUCACGGGCAGCUUCCUUUACGUGGUGUAAUGGUGGAAGAAAGUGAACCCAAAAUGGGCAACCAGUUUUGCUUCACCAUUUAUGGAGGCAAUAGGGCCCUACUGGUAGCAGCUAAUUCACAAGAAGAAAAGGAUAAGUGGCUUGAAGACUUGGUUCAAGCCGUUCAAGCUGCUAGAGAACUAUCCGAUGAUGCGUCCAGAAUAAAUUAUUUUUCGUUGAAAUCAUGUAGUUCUUCAGAAGAAGUGCUUGAUAAAACCGGAGCUACAGAAGAUUCACAUGCUAGCACCAGUGGAAAAGAGAGAACACAGCAGCAAAGGAGUAAUACCACUGUUCACGUUUGUUGGCAUAGAAAUACAUCCAUCAGCAGUCGCGACCAACUUCUGGCGCUUGAGAAUCAACUAAGCGGGUACCUUCUACGCAAGUUCAAAAACAGUAACGGAUGGCAAAAGCUUUGGGUAGUCUUUACCAACUUCUGUCUCUUUUUCUACAAAACAUUUCAGGAUGACUUUCCUCUAGCCAGUUUACCUUUACUUGGCUAUUCGGUCACGUCACCGAAUGAAAGGGAUCAUAUUCACAAAGAAUUCGUUUUUAAACUUCAGUUUAAAAAUCACGUAUAUUUCUUCCGAGCCGAAAGUGAAUACACUUUCAACAGAUGGAUGGAAGUAAUCAGUAGUGCUACGCAGCACUCAGGGCGGUUGCGUCUGUUCAGCCGCAAGGAAAGUGAAACAGUAUCGCCACGAUUUUAACUGCUGAGAUACUUUGCGUCAAGCAGCGAUCUAUCAAACGAAGCCGAUUGCCAUUGCAUGUUUUAUCUCCUACGAAAUAGUGACUAACAUAUUGCCUUCAAUGCCAAGCAUAUAAAAAUGUUGUGCAGCUAGAGGGCAGGUUACCUAAAAAAAUUUUGUUUUUGUUUUUCCCCUCUGCUUCAUAAACUGGUUAAUGAUUUUAGAAUCCACCUAAUAUUUCAUCUAACUUGACAAUAUGUAUUGAUUUUAAAUGAAUUGGUGUACAUAACAAAAGCCAUCGUUAAGGUGACAUGAAAUACACCAGGAUAUUCAACCGAAA